AUGUUCAGUGAGUUGGCACAAUCUAGUGACGUAGACACAAAGCCAAGUUUACCCGACUCUGAACGCAAUCAUCAGAAAAAACCUUCAAAUGAUCUACAAGCUCAGGUGCGUCCUUAUUUUCAAAGCUAAUGCCAAAUUCGAAUUUAACGCUCACAAAACGUUGCUCAGCUGGUUAUUUGUUUUUUCCUGGGGAGGCCCUUUUCGUAAAUUUAUUAAGGAUCGUGCAAUAACGUCUUAAACGUUUUGUAUAAAUGUGGCCUCGAAUCUCUUUUCCUGUUGCCAACUCAGCUGUUAAGUAAGUUUACGAAGAAAAGUCACCGGUCAUGUAAGAUUGUUUACCAAGUAAACACAAUCCUGGUAGUGUUACAGGAAUUAGGUUAUAGCUAACAUACCGGUUGAAACUUUUAUGCAGUAAUUUUCAAAAUUUUACGUCCCCGCAAUACAAAUUCUGUCAUUGAUGAGUGUUGGAGGCAAAUUGUGUCUUGUAAAAAUUCAGUUCAAGAUAUAGUGCAGUAUGUAGCAUGAUUGGGGCAAUUUUGCAGGUUUUUGCUAUUACUCUCACACACAGAUUUUUUCCACCAUAUCAAGCCAAAUUACCAGACUGAAUCAAGCUUAAUUGAACUCAAUUCAUGGAAUACUUUUUAAUUGUAUUUGAUGGGGUCCAAUUACAUUUCUAAGUGAGUUGUGGAUCAAUGAAUCAUUACCUUAGGCUAGUAGAUAUGUUUUUUUUUUCUUCUCAUCAUAUGUCUGCCUGAUAUUGUAUUUAUAUUUCAAGGAGAAAUUAUAUCUUUGUCAUUACUGGGAGUGAAAGGGUGAAUACUCAAUUCUACAAAUGAUCAGAUUUUCCAAUUUACCAUGAUAUCAGUUAACCCUUUAACUCCCAUGAGUGACCAAGACAGAAUUCUCUUUAUAAUAUCAAUACAAUAUCAAGCUGACAAGUGAUGAGAAUAAAGAAAAAUAUCAAUUAGGGGAUUAUAAGUCGAUUCAAUACCAAAUUCUCAAAACUAACAUCGCAAGAACUGUAUGGCAGACAGUAAGGAGAAUUACUGAUGAGAUCUUGGGAGUUUAAGGGUCAAUGAAGUGAGUUAUAUGCAAUCUGAACUAAAAAGAGCUACAGCAAUGUGAAUUUUUUGUUUUAAAUGAUCAAGCACCUGCCAACUUAAUAAUUACUUGCAUUAUACUUGUUGCACUUGUGAUCAAAAGUGAUGUCAUCUUGUAUAUGAAAUGAGACAAUUUCCCAUUUCCAAUUUUGAAGUACUUGUUCAUUAAUCAUUAAAGUGAAUAAGCUGAAUAUGAUUUUCACCCAAAAUAGUAUAGUAAACUGUGCUGAAAGACCUGGGACCAGUUAUAUAAAGGGGAGGGGAAGAGACACUGUCCAACAGAUAAAUUGCUCUCCAGGGAAUAAGGAUUAGCAAAUAUACUGUGCUAUCCACCAGAGAGAGAUUUAUUUAACCUUUGAACAACCAGGGCUGAACAACAACCUUUUACAAGGUUCUAGCACAUUAUCUUAGCAAUACAGAACUCAGGAUAGGUGCAUUCUAGGAACACAUUAAUUAACUCUUUGUAUAGGUAAUCACAUGAUUUCGAGUACAAUUUGGAAUAAAUAAGCAUGAGUAAAUUUUUUUAAAGACUAACAAAAUUGCACUAGCCUGUAGGGUGAGUGCAAUUUGUGGUCUUUGAAUAAAUUGACAAGUGCUUGUUUAUUCCAAAUUGCACGAGAAAAAUCAUGUGAUUACAUGUUAAUAAUAUACAUGGAAAAAUACGAGAUGGCGUAUCAUAAUUAAGCAGAAGCAAAGCGCAUGCAUCAAGUGCAAAAUAAUUUAUUCAAACCAUGCAUUUGGUCAAAAUAACCACGUAUGAUCAAAACAAUAAUAUGCAAUGAUAUCUUCACAUCUUUAAGGUGCAAAAAAGUUCAAAGUCCAGCUAAACAGUUCAAGGAAUUUUUCAGUCUGUGUCCGAAUCACUUUCUAUGAAAUGGAAUUGUCGUUUCCAAGGUUUAACCAUGUUUGUUUUUAAUUUCAGCAUUGGAUCGCUUGAGCUAAGUGUUAAGCUGAGUUGGCUCUUAAUUUUUGAUUUCCUUGGCAAUUCCCUUCUCUAAACACCACUUUUUCCAAACCAACAACCAAAAAGCAGUGCUUUUUACAGUGUUUUUGUUGUUUGAGCUGUUUUUCAGCUGCGGUAGCAAAAGAAAACCUACUUAAAAUGCUGGCCAUUGUUUCGCUCACAAAUUUUCAAAUUUUGUUGCAACAUCCAAAGCUUGCAUUUGAUUGGCUAUGUGUGAGUUUCUUUGAUUAUUGACCAAUCAGAAUGUCUGAUUUGUUACUUUCUUUGUACUGAAUUAACCCUCUUCUGCACUGAAUUAACUCUCUUCUGCACUGAAUUACCUGAAAACUGCAUUUAUCUUAACCAAUCAGAACUGAGUAAUUUUUCCAUGUAUACUAUUAAGCCUCUAAGAGUGACUUGCCUUUAAUUUCUUCUUACAAUUUCACCCCCAAAUCACACAUUAAGGUCAUAAGAAUAAAGGAAAUUAUCACCACCUAAGGAAGCUCUUGAUUGUCAAACAAAUUCUCCUUGUCAGCACCUUAAGAAAUAUACUGAGAACAGUAUGGAGAAUAUACAUGUUGAUAUUAGGGUGUGAAGGGUUCAGAAACCUUCAGAAGUCAUGCAAACAUCUUUUCUAAGCAAAUGCAAUUUCAGAAGCUGUCUGAAUACCUUCAAUAAUGCUUGAAACCCGCCAGUUUCUUUUUUUGGAUAAAUCAAAGAUAUGUAUAUACAAGAAUCAAAUUUAGUGGAUGUUGGGGAACUUGGCUGGUUUGUAAAAUAGACAAAAGUAGACUGCCUGAGUAUGAUGUGGUAAAGAAUGAAUUUAAGCCAUAAUGGUUUUACACCUAUUUAAUAAGUAAAUUAUUUCACUUUGUUUCACUCUGUAGAUAAAUUAUCUUAAUUCAAAGCAAAUACAAAUCAACCUAGUUUGAUGCCAUUUCAACCUGGAGUCCAUUUUGAUCUACAACAUAUAAUUAUUUGGUGGGAAGAAUAUUAAAUUGGGAAAGUAUGGCAUCUCCAAAGCGACCUUUUAUGGAUUAUGAUUGUAAAUCAUGUAAUUUAUCUAUUUGUCCUGUAGAUUAUAACCAUACAUCGAUCAAAUAUGUGUGAGACUUAAUAGAACAUGUUGCCUUCUUGUGAAUGCAUGUACAAGCUGUAAACAUCUGUAUUUAGUAGUUUUUACACAGCCUUAGAACAUGGAACUCCUUCUUCUUUUUGGCUUAGAACAUGACAAAUGCAAUAUCUGGUGUACAACAAAAACACAUUUGAAGAAAUAGCAGAACAACCCCAGGUUUCUGUCCAAAGAAAUAGCAAACCUGAAUGCCAGAGAUUUUUUUUUAGUUUAUGAAGGAAAUGUGCUAAGUUUUGACUUGCUCAAUACAUUUAAAUGAUUCUAACUACAGCAUGUUCUCAAUGAAAAAGUGAUCUUUGAUAUUCAACAUAUGCCUUCACGUUAUGUUUCAAACAGGAAAAAGAUUUGAAAUAUUUAGAGGAAAAGUCAGAACAGAAAGAGCCCAGAGAAGAAGAAGCGUCACAGCCUUUCACCAUGAAUAUUGAAUUAAAUUUUGUCUGGCUAGUUUUGGUAGGUUUGUCAUUUGGUACAAGAAUGUGGCAGCUCACUACGCCCAAACAUGUCAUGUAAGUAAUUAGUAUAAAAGGUUGAAUUUGAAACAAUUUUUGAAAUUCGUUUUAAUUAAGGUAAUAAUAUCAAUGACAAUGAAACCUCUUUUGUCAGCUUUGUCCAGUUUUCAUAAUUUAUACAAUGGUAAUAAGCUUCCUUGUUGCACAGUUACAGACUGUCAAAGACACAAUCAUGUAAUAAGCUAUAUUAUUUAAUCAACUAUUUUGGGUCCCUCUUUUACAAAUUUUGAGGGUGUCCCAUACUGAAAUUUGGUAGAGUUUCAUUGUCAUUGCAGUCUCAUAUGGAAAUUAGCUAUGUGCUUUUGCUUCUCACUGAAGUUAACCCUUUAACUCCCAAGAUCUCAUUAGUAAUUCUCCUUACGCUCUGCUAUAUAGUUCUUGUGAUGUUAGUUUGGAGAAUUUGGUGUUGGAUCAACUAAUAAUCCUAAUAAAUAUAUUUUUUUCUAUUCUGAUCACUUAUCUGGUUGAUAUUGUUAUUGAUAUUGUAAGGAGAAAUUCUUUCUUGGUCACCCAUGGGAGUUUAAGGGUUACAACAUGUCUGAUGUUGACUUUUCUUUCUCUUGUCUUUUUUUUUCAUUCCUGUACUUUGAUACUGUGCUGGAAUCACAAAACAGUAUGGGUAGCUGAUCAGCCUUAAUUCUUGUUCUAGAAUAGAACACAUUUAGAAAUGAUCGUUUUUCAGGGAAACAUUUUUAAUAAAGAUUCCAUUCUCAUGUGUGAGAUAGGUUGACUAUAAAUAUUGACAGAGAGGUUGAUUUGUUCAAUUAAUUGCUUUGGUUUGUGUAGUCACCUGCAUCCCAGUUGAGUGUGCAAACCAUUGUGUGCUCAAGUAAAUAAUAUUUGGUCAAAAUUUCCACUGUUUUUUCCAAAAAAUAAUACAAGCACUGUAAUAAAUGAAUGAUACGAACACGGAAAAUAUAACAUUAAUACCAUUGUUAGAUUUGUAUUGAAUACUUGUUUUCUUCUCAAUGUGCCACUUUUCUUUUAUAGAUACAAGGAAGGCAUUUAUUAACACUUUCACACCCAAAACGUCCCCUAUCCACAAGUUUUAAUCUGUAUCUGGCACUUGAAUUCUUCAUUCUCCCUUUAAUAAACUUCAUGUCAUUAUUAAUUUUUUGUUGACGCAGUAAAAAUUAUUCAUUCAUAACUCUACACCAAGUUGGCCUUUUUUGGCUUGUCACCAAGAAAGCUUGGGCCAAAAGAGGGAUUGCCUAGGAGGCUAGUACUGAGUCAACAUUAAAUUUAUCAUUUUCCACAUACAACUAGUCCAGGGUGACUGUAGGUAACUACCAAUGCAUCCCAUGUAUUCCAUUCAAAUUCUUCGUUAAUUCUUCUUAUGUCAGCUUAAAUAGUCUUUAGGUCAUUAUCUGUUGACCCAGUGCAAAUAACUUGUGACAAAUUCUAUACUGAGAUAGCCUUUUUUGGCUUAUCAUCAAUUUAAAAGCUUGCAUGAUGGGCCAAAAGAAGGUAACUUAGGAGGAUAGUACUGAGUCAACAUUAAAUAUAUCAUUUUCUGCACACAACUAGAGUAGAGUGACUGUAGGUAAUGACCAAUGCAUCCCAUGUUAAUGCUAUAAGACAUUGACAAGUAUAAUGUUCUCUAAUCAUCGAUUGCUAUAGGACAGACUGGGGGUUGAUGGGUUAAGGCCUCUUCUCAAUCUUUUCCAAUGAUUGUUGGUUACAUGUAUUAGUUGGUUUAUUUUGUGCUUUGAAUUGUUGAUUGCAGAUUUGACGAGGUACAUUUUGGCCAGUUUACAAAUUUUUUCAUGAAGAACCAGUUCUUCUUUGAUAUGCAUCCACCUUUGGGCAAACUCAUGUUUGCCUUCACAGGUAUAGUGUCCAGAGCUAAGUUUCAUUUGAGUUCUGACAAAGGGCUAAUGCUCAAAACUUUGAUGGUAGCCAAUUUACAUUUACGCAGUUGAUAAAACCAAGUUAUUUUGUAUUGCAAGCAUACUUCAUCAAAUAAUAAAUACUUCAUGUUCAGAUUUGUAAUUUUCAGUUAUCUGAUUUUCCUUCUUGCGGCUGAUUAAUACACUUUUUGGAUUAAUUUGAAUUUUUUUCAUUUCAGCUUACUUAUCAGGAUAUGAUGGGGAAUUCUCAUUUGCAGACAUAGGCCAAGGUAAUGUAGAAUAGGCCCACAAAAAUUCCAUUUUGUAACAAAAUUUUUGUGAAUAAGGAAGAAUUCAUUGCAUAAUUGUAUAUCCUUGCCACAAGGGUCAGACUAAGUGGUUAAGAGGUAACAUGGCUACCUGGGGAAAGGGAGGCUUGGGGGGGGGCUUUCCACACAGAAUUUCAAAAAUUGGAUUCCUUUCACCAGACCAUUUUACAAUAAAACAUGAAGGCUGGUAAAAAGUAUGAAAUCUACACCACAUUUGAAAAAGAGAACAAGUUUAUGUUUGUGCUAAUUACAUGUAUGUCAGUAAGUUUCCUUAACACUUCACCAACACUCGUUGAAUGUACUCUUACUAGAGAGAAAAUGGACAAAUCAGCACAACCAAUACUCAGAGUAACAUAAUUUCUUGUUCACAAAGCAGUGGUGAAAGGGCUUCCCUACUGCCACUGUGACCUGGGUUCAAUUCCUGCACCUGGCACUCUAACAGUUUUCUUUGGGUCCUCUGGUUUUCCUCCCUCCACAAAAACACACACUCCAAAUUCCAAUUCAACCUAGAAACAGUGGAAAGGAAGAGUCACCACCUGGAAUGUCCACAGCUCUAUUAUCAUGAUUAAUAUCAUCAUAGUUCAGUGAUCUGUGGACAUUACGACUAAUAUGAGCUCAUAUUUUUUCCUUAGAUCUUGGUGAAUAUGAGUAUGUUGUUUGGUGGUUACGCUUUGUAUCUGCAUUUCUGGGAAGUCUUGUGGCACCAGUUGUCUAUGAGGUGGGUUUAAAUUUCUGAUUAUGUUUUUUUUGGUAUUUGUCAAUUCAACAGAAAUUUAUAAAACCCCAACCCCCAAGAGGAAAACACUACUUUCAAAUAAGUUUAAAAAAACUUAACUGUACAAUGAAGGUCCAGUUAGAUGAGCCCUGAUGUAUGCGGGAAGUUGUGGACCAUUUGAAAAAAAUGAAAAUUAAUUUCAAGACAAUAUAUUGAUUCGGAAGAAGAGUUUUUCAAAGUUAAGGAACUUUUUUGGGGUAGUUUAUUCAUAUUGCAGAAAAUGUUAAAUCUUCAAAGCUUUUAAUCUAGUAGAUCUUGCCAAAAGUUGUCUAUUCAAGUAUAGAAGUGUGAAGUGUCUUUAAUUCCUUGGUGGGUUGGGUGGGGGGGCAGGGGGGGGGUGUGCAGGAUUAGAGUUGUCAUUAGAGCACUCACCCUCCACCAGCCAGCAUAGCUCUCCUUUAAUUCCUGAACCUGGUUUCUGAAAUACCAUUUUAACAUGGUAACAGGAAACAAUGGACAUAGAGCCACCUUGUGGUAGAGCAACUGCUAAAAUACAAUCAGUUUUUGUGAACUCUCUACCUGAUUUGAUAUUUUAAUUUAUUUUUCUUUGGGUGAUUUGAUAUUUUUAUCUUUCCUCAGGUCAUCAUAGAGCUUGGUUUUUCACACUGGGCAGCUGCUUUAGGUGGAUUUUUGGCAACAUUUGGUAAGAUUUUCUUUUGUUUCAAAGGUUAAUGUUCUUUUGGUGAAGAAUACAUUGUGAGGUACAAAUUAACAUUGUUGAGAACUAGUGGGAAGGUAGUACAGAAAACCUGUAUGUUCUGACAGUUCCUCAAGUUUGAACAAACCUUUGCUACCAUAAGGCCAAUUUGUUAAAGACUCUGCGAGGUAGCCUCUACAUUUUCAGUGUUCCCAAAAUUUUAGAUUUUCUUUAUUGGAAAAUUGAGAUCAUCUCUACUAUGGAAAUUUUUUUGCUUUUUUCCCCUCUAGCAGCUAGAGGGGAAAAUUAACAAUCAGAUCUUGGGUCAAUUAAAGGGUUCAUCAUGACCCACAAAUUCUCACAGUGACAAAUCCUUACUGUCAUUUAUUGAUGUUUUUUUUCUUUUUUGUUGCAGACAACAUGUGUGUGGUACAUAGCAGACUUAUCAUGUUAGAUUCCCCUCUCCUGUUUUUCAGUGCUGCAUCUCUCCUCUGCUAUCUUAAGUUCCACAAAGAAUUUAGUAGGUACAAGAAGUAACCAACUUUCAUGUGUCUUGUAUAUAAUGUGGCUUAUAGUCUACCAAACAUUUAAUUUAAUAUGAGAAAGCAAUUAGCUGUUGUUACAGAACACAGGACAGUCAGCUGUUCAUAAACAUUUUUCUCACGUAUUUAAAAAAUAUUUGAAGGAUAAUAAACACAGUAGCCGCCAUUUGGCAUGACAGUAUGCCAAAUGGAACUGUUCCUUGUAGCUCUGUGUUUUCCUGGAACUUUCCUCUCAGAAAAUUGUUGGUGUCUCACAACAGAUGAUGUUCACGAACAAAUGGUGAUGCAUAUUUUUGCGCCAAAUGGAGGAUAUUGUGUACAUUUUUUGAUUUGUGUGUGCAAUAAGGUGAAAAGCUUUGUUAUUUCAUGUUACCUUGCAGACCAUUCACAAAGAAUUGGUGGAUAUGGCUGUUUUUGACAGGCAUGUCUUCACUUGGUGCUUACAGGUGAGCAAAAAUCCUUAAUUAUUAACCCUUACAUCCUAACAUCAGUAUGCAUAUUCUCCAUACUGUUCUUGAUACAUAUCAUAAGGUGCUGACAAGGAGAAUUCAAGAGCUUCUUUUAUUAGUUGGUGAUCAUUUCCUAUAUUCUUGCGACCUUAAUGUUUGAUUCAAAGUGAUAUUGUAAGGAGAAAAAGGGUUCAGAUCUCUUGUUAAGGUGCUUGAGUCACCAUGACACAUGUAAACACUAAGCGCUUUCUGUCCCAUUUCAAAGACUGUGUACUUUAAAAGUGGUUGCUUAUUGUUUGUUCUGCAGAAACCUGAUGGAAGACAACCUUGUCUAUUUUAAGAUUCCAAAUUUUUGUUGUUGUAUGUGAUCCACACCAAGCUUAUGUUGUCACUUUUUUUAUUUAGUAUUAAGUACACUGGUAUCUUCACUUUUAUAACUGUUGGAUUUUUGACUGGACGAGACUUGUGGAAACUGAUUGGAAACCACUCUCUACCAACAGUAAGUGAAGUCAGAACAUAUAAAUUGUAUGUGUUUGUUAAAAUGUAUCUGUGCAAUAACAUGAGUUAUAAAACAUGUUCUGGAACUUUAAUCAACUGCUGACUUUUGGUAAGUUAUUGUGGAUAACUCCAAAUUACUAUAGAAAUUAUAUACUGGCAUUCUAAUCUGUGAAGUUUUCUUUUUAUUCAUCAAUGAUGUAUUUGCACCAAAAUGGCACUGAUACGUGUUUAACUAUCUUAUAACAUAUAAUUGUAGUUUUUGAUAGAUCUAUGAAACUGGAAAUACUGGUAAACAUAUACAACUUGUAUAAUCAGUGGUUGAAUACUGUUAUUAAGAGUUUUGGUAUUUAUUUUAUUUAUCAUGUGUUCAUGUGUGUUUACUCUUUCAGAGAGAACUUAGGAAGCAUUUGUUAAGCCGUGCAGUUUGCCUUGUUUUCCUUCCUGGUUUACUCUAUAUGCUUCAGUUUUACAUUCUCUUCACUGUUGCAAGAAAGACUGGUCCUCAUGAUGACAUGAUGUCAAGUGCAUUCCAAGCCAGUCUUGAGGUAAAGAUUCUUUCUGCAGACUCAACGAACAAGCUGUUAGCUUUGGAGUUUUUGAUUAUGUUACAAUUAUACUGAUGUUGACAGGGCAUGCAAUCCAAAUAAAAGUUCAAACAAAUAACAUACUGUCAAGGCAAUGCAUUUUUCCUCACAUGAACAGCAGAUGUAGGAUUGAAAAUCUUGAAACAAUUUACUUAAAAAUCCUGUACUUAAGUGGUAAAGUAUAUCUUUAAAUUCUGCGAAGGGAAGUUAACUUAUGAGUUUUUAUCAUCUGACUAGAGCAGUUUCUUUGACUUCUUUUAACCUGACUAAGUAGCUGAAUCACUUUUAUUUUUUUUUAUCCUCAGGGAGGACUGGCUAAGAUUACACAUGGUCAACCAGAUGGUAUGUUCACCUUGUUAAAUGAUGUUUUUUUGUUUGUUUGUUUGGGUUUUUUUUUUAACGAAAAAAAAAUUGAAAAUCUAACCAUAGUAAAUUGCAAUUGAUGAGGUUUGUUCUCUUUACCUUAGCUCAGACCACAACAAUGGUACUGUACUAAAUAGGUCAGCAAUUAUGCAAUGUAUCUUGCAGACUUUGAGUUUUUUCUUGUGGUGUUCUUAAGAAAACAAUAAUUUUACUGGCAUAUGUUGAAUAUAAGACAGUCGUACCUUGCUUGGUCCUGCGGUUGGUUAGCUAUCUACCCUCAAUUACCCCACGUUCACCCCUGGAAUAAUUUUCAAAUAUGUAAAAUAUUUACUAAAACGAUAAUUAGACAGGUGACGGCACUUUUCACUCCAAGAUCAAAUUAGCAAUUCUCCAUACUGUCUGCCCUAUGUUUCUUAUAGUUUUAGAUCAGAGAAUUUGGUGUAAAAGAAAGUUAUUUCCCUUAUUUGAUGUUUUUUUUUUUUUUACCUCUCAUCACCUUUCUGGUUUGAAAUCUCUGGAUCUCGUAAUAAGUUCGUAUUUGGUGAUUUCUGGGAGAAAAAGGACUAAGGAGUUGUAUCUCAAUGCCAGUUCAGACAGUGCCUAUCACUUUUUAAAAACUUCAAUUUAAUUUUCAUCAGAGGUAGCAUAUGGCUCCCAGGUUACUUUGCGCAACACCUUUGGCAAACAGUGCUGGCUCCAUUCUCACACGCACACCUACCCCGUGAAGUACCCUGAUGGGCGCGGCAGCUCAGCCCAACAGCAGGUUACGUGCUACGGCUUCAAGGAUGUAAAUAAUUGGUGGAUUGUCAAGGACCCUCAAAGGUAAUUCUACGCCUCAAGCUCGCCCUUUUUUAAAGUAGCCAUUAGGUGGCCUAAAAUUAUUUAAAGGGCGCUAAAAAUUAAAUUCCAUCGCUGGUUAACUCAGGUUGUCGAGCACCGUGCAGGAGGUUAAAGGUUCGAGCCCCAGACUGGACCAACACUCAGGGUCUUAAAAUAUGCGAGGAGAAUGUGCUGCUUUAUGCCCUAACAUUUGUUUUUGGUAAGACGUUCUAGUCUUCUCGGUUAGGACAAAACCCGUAGGCCCCGUCUCCUCAUUUCUCCAUACUGAAUACCAGGGCACGUUAAGUAACCCAUGCACUUCUCACAAAGAGUAGGAAUCGUAAUUCCGGGUGUUGUGGUCUGACCUUGUUUUAAAAAAUUUCCAACUGGGGCUACCAGCAAAGUGUCCUUUCCAAAAAUGUUGUAAACACCUCAGUGCAGUCUAGCCAAAGUCCCCUGCAAAGUUAUGUAAAGCGCAUGGGAGAAUAUUCACAUAGAGAAUGCGCUUUACAAAGGCACUAUAAUCAUUUAUCAUCAUUGAAAAAAUUCGAGAAAAACUGCUUGGAAAAACUUGUUAAAACUCGCGGUAGAAUGGUGACUGUUAACAGUUGCCCCAGCCAAAACGAUACUCGCGCUAAGCUCUGCCAGACCAAAAAAAAAAAAAAGUACACAACUUUCUACAUGACCACCGGACACAGGUCGCCAAAUUGGCAGCCAAAGCGGUCCAGGCUUGGAAGUCUGCGAAAGGUAUAACGAAUAUCUUUAAAUUAAAAGAAUCAAGAUUCCUCUUUGGCUGACGUUUUUAAUUUUGUGUUCCAUUUCAGAGAUGCCCUAUCUGUGGAUUUUCCACCAAAACCUGUUCGCAAUGGCGAUAUUAUUCAAAUUGUCCAUGGAGUUACAGGCAGAGCUUUAAAUAGGUAAAUACUCAACAUUGACUAAACACAGGGGAGUAGAUUGUACUUUGUACAGGAAAGUAGUCGACAAAUACAGGGGUUUCAAUGAACGCCAGUUACCAGCGGUCUACCGUCGCAUGUAAGACCCUCACCUCCAUCUGUUUAGCCUGCAAGCUGCUAGCUCUCGUGCUUGGGUUUCGCCUUGUGGCCUGGCUGCCCAUUACACCAAUGGCAGCUGCUUAUGCAGAAAGGUGAUUGAAACCCCUGCAAAUAUGUUCCAUUUUGCUGUGUGUCGUUUUGGACAUUGAUUAUUCACAUGUAUUAAGAAAAAAUAAAAAGUGGUACACGAGACUAUCACCAGUGUUUUUUCGCAUUUUAGCAUUUUUUUUGAGGUCCUUAACCGCACAUAAAUUUGGCUGAAUAAACGGUCUGUUUGUUUUAGACAAUAAACAGGAAGUUGAUGCGACGAAAAAUGUUUAAGUUACCUCCUGGCGCUCAAGUGCUCAGGGGUAAUUCUUAAAGUGCUCGUUCAAACAUUUUCCAAACUGGACGCCAUGUAGGACAAAGCAAUGAAAGCAAUUACUGUUUGUCGUUAGCCUUGUCUCGUUACUCUGAUAGAUCACAGGCAUCAGUUUAUUGUAUCAAUCGAGUGUCUAAAAUAAUCCUAGAUUUCUUUGGUUGUACUUAACUUUGCUCUGUGAUUGCUCUCAAAAACUCGUGCCAUUCUCUCAAUCAAUCAGAUACGGAACUUAAAAAACCAAUCGCGACGUGAUCAUUUGCGUGUUCCCGGGCUUCAAGCAGUUUGCCUGUUUACACUUUGAGUUCUCAUUGGCUAAUUAUAAUGUAACCUUGCUCUGAUUGGUCGUUGGGAUUACUUUGUUUUGGUUUUCGACACUCAAUAACUGCUCAACUUGUAUCACCGAUUGUAUACUUACUUUUUUUCAUGUGUGUCUUCUUGUUACUUCAGUCAUGAUGUUGCUGCCCCUUUGAACCCAGCCAACCAAGAGGUGUCCUGUUAUAUUGACUACAACAUUUCUAUGCCGGCUCAAAACCUCUGGAAAGUGGUAUGUCUUUCUGUUUUUGAACCACUUAACUUGAGCUUAGGGGCAAUGCGUGGUGAAUCCAAGCAACAUUUGUGAAGAAGACUAGAACGAGUAGAAAACAGUAUGAUUAUUUUCUUCUCUUUCGUCAAAUGCCGAGGAAAGUUGAAAGCAUUUGUCGAACAUCAUUGAACUAAAACUGAUCUCAAAGUGCUGGUGGCAUUUUCUUUCAUUUUGCGUAAAGUGAGUUUCUGUCUUGCAUUGAAGAAGAGAAUGUUUCGUUAUCACCAUUUUUCGAAAUAGGCAUUUAACGUUGUGGAACAGUCAAGAUAAAGCAUACUUGGUAAUAAUGGACGUGCUGGUGGCUUGAACUUGUUCACGAAAUUGCUCACUCGCUGUUUAUUUGUUUGCUUACUUGUUUAUGCUUUUUCAGGAAAUAAUUAACCCAGACAGCAGUGACGUUUGGAAGACGAUCCACUCUCAGGUUCGACUGAUUCAUGUCAAUACUUCUCAGGCAGUAAAGGUAUGUACUACAAGAAUUGAAGUUACUCAUUUUUCUGUCCAUUAAAGUAUUUUCCAAUUGAGUGUGAAAAGUAAUUCGGGAUUUCAUAAGGUUUGCUUUCCUUUGCUCUCUGAUAGUUCUAGAAAAGUCGAGCCACUCCCUUACCCAAUCAGAUACAAAACUGAAACCAAUCACGACUCGGUCGCCCGCGUUUUCCCGCGCUUCAGGCAGUUUGGUUGUUUUUACUUUGAGUUCUCAUUGGCUCCUAAAGGUAUCUUCCUUUCUUCUGAUUGGCUGUUGUGAUUACUUUGGUAUUUGUUUUGUGACACUCAAUCGAAAAGUGCGCUAUUGUGUAUAAAACUGACAGUAAAGGAGUACUUAUUUUGUGACUGUUAUUGUGAUCUUAAUGGUUAGAUUUCAGGUAUGCAGUUACCAGAUUGGGGUUUCCACCAACUUGAGGUUUGCACUGAUAAAUCCAUUAAACAGACAAACACGAUCUGGAAUGUUGAGGAACAUCAACAAAAUAUCACUUAUCGUAAGUUUGCCCUCAUGGCUUAAUUUUUCCCUUAUUUAUUUUCUCUCAAUCUCUUAUUUUUGUUCUUGAACCUACGUCAGUUUUUUACUUUUGCCCUUCUCCUUCAUCAAAGGUAUUUUUGGUUGCCUGUUGAAACGUAUUCAACCUCGCCAAGUCGCCCCAUUCUGUGCCCAGAUGUUCUUUCUUAGUCGUUACUUCUCUUCUUACUCCAUUUUGUCUUCUUUAGCCGAAGGUCAAGGUCCAACAGAAGUCGAGGCGAAAACGGAUGUGUCGGAACGGGCAUUUAAGCCUAUGCCAUUCCUUUCAAAAUUUUGGGAGAUCCAGGUAGGUCGACAUUUCUUGUUUGUGUACGCUCCACACCGGGCGUGAACGACAUGUUUCUUCCGCGCUCAGUUUUCCGUGGCGGUUUUCCCCGGUGUGUACCCAUUUUUUUCCAAACUCUGAAAAAAAAUUGCUGUGCUGUUAACUGGGUGUCGACGAUAUGUCUUCCCGCGCUCAAAGUUCUGCUAUUCUUUUCAUUGGGUGUCGACGAUGACGUUUUCCCUCGUUUUGUACCGGGUGUCAACCACGGUUUCCCGCGCUUUGCCUGUUAGCUAAGACGCUUUUCCUGCGCUUUCACCAAAAGAUGCGUCUUAUUACAGAACGUAAUAUUCCGAUCAAGGUUGGUAAAUGAGUGGAUUACGGCUAAGUUUUCGUCACCGCAGUAGUCUUUUGUCAUGUCGCUCGUGCAACCUAAAGUUAAAGCACCCUUUCCGUAGCUAUUUCCAUAUAGCCGUUUAGAAAUUACUAUAAACAUGCUUACGAUGGAACAUGUGCUACUCUUUUGCUUAAGCAUUUCGAUGUUUGGGUAUUUAUUCGAGAUUUUCAGAGCAGGUGUCAGAAAAGGAAAAGCACAUAAAAAAUUCGAGUAUGAAAGAGCAAACGAACAAUAUAACCUUUAUGUGAAAGCGAAUACUUAGAUUUUGUCUAACUCUCUUGACCGAAAAAGGAAAACAAGAUAGAAUGAAAGAAAAAGGAAACUUAAUGUUAGAGCAUCACACAACAGACCAAACCCUUCUUAUCCAACUUUAAUGAAAGGUAAUCACAAGCCACCACAUGCAGUAUGCCUUCAAUGAAGCAUAACUGCUUUUAUCAAAAUAAACAUUAAGUCCACGGAUUGAUUUCCUCCAAAAGUUCAAAUGUUUUUUUUUGUUUUGUUUUAGUUUUUUGUUUUUUUUUUUUUUUUUUUGUUUUUCUGGGUAGGAAGAUAAAAAAGAAGUAAACAUUCAUGCAAAAAAAGGAAAACGUUCAUGUUUGGUUUCUACCACUCGUCAUGAUGCUUUUUCUUUUUCUUCCUCUGCCUUCGUUGCCAAAUUGGUUUCUGGGGUGGUUUAGGAGGCGGAUUGGCGGCAGCCUUUCUGUCUUUAUACUCUUGCCUGCAGGGCGGGAAGGAAGAACAGAUAAGUUUCAAAACAUACAUUUCCUCAUGAUACGAAAUGUCAAAGAAAGUUGUAAAGUUAGUGAAAAUCCCUUGAUUAACCUCAAAUUGACAAACCGAGACGUUGCACAUAAUUGAGUUAGUUGUAGAUGUUUCUCUAAGAUGGCUUCAAACACUUAAACGAUGGCAUUUGAGCUUUUUUUUAUUGUCUCUGAUUUUCUAAACCGCUGAGUGCAACUUACCAUUUUCGUCCGAUAAAGCGCACAGUUCUUAAAAGUAACCAGUAUGCGAGGAGGGCAGCGACCAAGAAACCGAAAUUCAUAACCAAACCAGCGAAGAACGCAUAGACACCAUCUUGCCAGGACAAGAAAAGAAAGCGAGCUAGGACAAUUUUCACGUGUUCUGUUGAAGAAACAAAAGAUUCGUAGCUACCGUCAAUUUAUCAUCAUAUUUUCUGUUCAAAUAUAAUUUCAAGCACUUGAAUUAUGUUUUGACACUGAUAACUUCCUGUUGGUGUACUUUCAAAGGAAUCCCUACAAUCCUCCAAAGUUACCGUAGCUAGACUUGAAAAAAAUUUAAGCAAAUUAACAGCAUAAAUAACUAGAACUCUGUAGGCCACUUCAUUUGAAUUCGCUAACGCUCACGGCAGAUAUCAAUACUAUUUCUCAUGCAGCCUGAAAAUAAAUCAACUUUUCAGAGUUGAAAACUUAAAUCACGGUGCCCUCAAAUGAUGUCUCUGAGAAGAUAAAAGCUUUUCACUUACCAUGUAAAUAGUCAGUGUAAAACUCAACAGCAACGUCAGUGAUAUAGUAGAAGACUUGCGCAAGGGGUUUUACAAUCCACGAUACCGCGUUGAACAUUAUCUCGACCAGAUUUGCAGCUGUACUCCAAACCAUUCCGACGAAUAAAUACGUAUUGUUGAUGGUCAGCUCUGCCAACCAUUGAACUUCAUCCCAGAGAAACUCGGCCAACCACUGGAUACAAUUCCAAGCCAUUGGACCGAACCAUUUUGCUCCUCUCCACGUUAAGUCUGAAAGCCAUGUAAGAGCCGUAAAGAUCUUCUCCGAAAUCCACGUAGCUAUGCUCCGGAUCCAUUCCAUGGAUCCAAUCGAGAUGUACUCAAGUACACUCCACACUUUACCAGUCACCACUUCUGUCAAACUACCAUGUUUAUUCCAUACUCCUGAUAUCAAUGUCAUUGUGAAGUCCUGGGCCCUAGUCGCAGACGUCACUGUGAAGUUCCAUAUCCGGGUUAUCAAUCCAGGGUUUUCAAGCUCGAAAGUUUCAUACACCGCGCAUGUGGUGUUUCCAAAGUAUUGAGGCAUUUUCUUACAAUUGAAGAUCUAACAAUCAUGAUAAUAGAAACGUUAGAAACGUUUUAAGCGCGUAAGUGAUCACAACUUCAAUUCAGGCGUAACUUCGGCUGGGGAGAAUUAAGCUUCUGAUCUUGGGAGUUAAAGGUUUAAGCAUGAAAUAAUCAAGUCAUCAUAGUGACAGAAGAAGUCGUAUUAGUUGUUACGCUGGGUAAUUUGAAUGUAUUUGGAGUUCUUAUUCAGCAGAACACAGAAUAGAACCUUGGACUAUAAAGCUGUUUUCCCCAAAGACAAUCAACGCUGUCUGAGUUGCAAGAACUAGAAAGCUUGCGUUUUCUUUCGAUUUACUUCAGUAUAACUGAGUUGCUUAUGCUUAGGUGAAGUAAGAGUCAAUCGUCGGAGUCGCAAACAGAAGGGAGUUUGUAUAAAAGGGGUAUACCUCGAGAAGCUUGGGUGUCCUGUGGCCAUGGAGUUUGCGGUUAACAUCAAUCGAGUUUUUGUCGUAAAUCAACUUCAGAUCAAGUUCCAUGGACGGAAUUUGAAUCUUAACCACAUGUUCCUUUUAAAGGAAAGGAAAAUUAGACAAAUGUCAUCAGAGCUGAAACAAUACGCAUUUAUAAAUCGUUGACUGAUACCCCAUUCGGACCAAAGCCCAAACAUGUUUUAAAGCUGUUUUGUUAAACACGCUCUAAAAUUAGUUCCAUCAUAGAAGCCAUUUAAAUCGAUGUUUGUCGACUUUGAAUAUAGAAAAGUAACAACUUCUUGAAACCUAUGGAAAAUUCGGUUUUUCAGUUCUCUGUUUCGGAAUUUAAUUCAGUUAAACCCGGUUUAACUAAACAUUUUUCGCUGGUGUGAAUGAGGUGUAAGUUUCUAAAUUUUAAAGCGUUUUUAAACACUGAUAACUUAACUAGCAAAAGUUUAAAACUACGAUGGUAAACCUUCUUUGCAUGCAGUCUCCGAUAACCAUGCCAUGGUAAUCUGCUAUCUACAAACCUUGUCAUUCCAUUCUCUGGUCAGAAUCGUCUCGUGAUUAUAAUCAGUGAAGAAGAACUCUUGCCUGUUAUCGGUUUGAAGAGUCCCUACGUAAAAUAAUUUGAAAUCCUUUUGCUGAGAACAAACACCUCGGUUUAAAACUUACUAACUCUGUUCGACAUCGUUGUACAGAGUCAUGAUUUAGGCCUUGUAACUUUUGCGAUAAAGUGAUGAUGAAUAGCGAACGGUAAAUUUGCAAGAGGAACCGGCCGUUGAAAGAAACUUACAGAAGGUAACCGUCUGAAAAGCGCGUGUUUAAAAAAGAUUGAUACAAAAGACGCGCGCGCUUGACGAUGGCAUCCCAGCAACCGGAAACUUGUGUUGUUUUCCCAAAAGUGAAUACUGAGUGUUCGGUUGUUACGAGAAUGCGCAAUUCUAGCUCAAUUAAGGGUUAGAGUAUCCGUCAACGAACGCAAAUAAGCAAUUGGUUAGACGAAUGAAAUCUGCUCCAAAUUAAUGGUGAGAAUAACACAACACUUCAAAUUCUUAAAUCCGCGCACGAAAAACUUGAGUCAGAAAAUUGUUUAUCAGAAAAAAAGGAAAACAUACCCUCCAGUUUAGAACCAUAUGUAGUACUUGAAAGCAAAAUUACAAGUGAAAGCGCUAAAAGCGCAGUCACCCACUUCAUCUUCGAUAUUUAACAAAACUUAUUCUCUCUCACGAAAAGUGCCCACUUGCUCUUGCCGCGAAAAUGAGUAAAGUAAAUCAUUUACGUCACAAAAGCAACUUAUGACGCCGAUCACGCGACGUAAUCACUAAAACUCGCCCCCAUGCCGCUUUAUUCCACUUAGUGGGAUGGGAAUAAAAGGAUUUAGCAGUGGACUUUCCACGAGGUGGCCCUUCUUGUCCACUGUUUCCAGUUCGAAUUAUAACUUGAAAUGGUAGUUUUUCAAAAAACCGACAUUAAACUCAACCCACAUGUUACGCCAGGUCCUGCAAUCGAAUUUGGGCCACAGUGGUGGGAGGUGGGCACCCUCACCACUGCGCCAUCCCUGCUCCCCUAUUUCUUUUUGGCAUACCCCGUGCUUGUCAGAUCAUUAUCUAUGACUUAUGUUUAUUAUAACAUCAUAUCGUUUUUGCUGUUUUAUCACCAGCUUAAGAUGCUUGAAUCCACAAAGGAGCUCUCUGCUGAGCACACGUUCGGAUCUCGUCCUUCGUGGUGGCCUCUGAUGAGGAGAGGAGUCGCGUUUUGGAUUGCUAGAGACACUAAUGUAGGCUUAAUACUACUGCAUUUCACUUGCACAGCGGUCAAAUGUCUGCGCAUGUGCGAACGUUGUAAUGACUUGGUGUCGUGCUUUCAGGCUUUCAGAACUAAGUUGAGUGACACGAGUUAAAAACAAUCACACACAUCAGUAAGUCACGGUGUUUUAUAAGCGUAGAGCUUUUUUCGAUAAAGCUCAAAACAGAAUGCGAAAUCAACAGGAUACCCGUACUUAACUCAGCUUUGUGUUUGAAAAGUCGCGAGUUUUCCUUUUCCCUACUUUCGUUUCCUUUCACGGAUUUCUAUGAAAGUUUCAAUUUCUUUCGCUUAUUUUUCGAGAUGGUGUUUUUGUCUUAUGUAUUCUUUGAAUCUUUAGGCGGGAAAUUGGCGCGCGGUCGGCCAAAAUUGAUCCCCUCGCGCAUGCCCGACGUUGGACCGCUGUUUUCAUUUCACUUGAUUUCAUCCCAUUUGAAAGCACAACUGAUCUUAGUGUCUUCUCUAUUUCAGGCGCAAGUAUUCUGCAUUGGCAAUCCUUUUGUAUGGUGGGCGACUACACUUUCCCUUCCUGUGUAUUUCGGACUUUUAAUUUUUUAUCUAUUGAGAAGAAGAAGAAACGUGCACGACUUGUCAGAGGGUAGGUUUUGUUCGGAAUUUUAAUUUCCUCACUGUGGUUCAUAGCCAAGUUUAUCUGUCUCUACAGCAGCCGCACAAAUUUCCUUUUCGUGAUCUCUAAGGUCUUAGGAGCCGGUCAUAAUUUAUCUCGUGGGGUAACUCCAAGUUGCCUCGUAAGCGGUAAAAUCUCUGGGAACUUCGAGAGUAAGUCUCUUGUGAACUCUCAACCUUUUCAAUUGAUUAAAGCUUUGUAUUUACUUUUUUGAACUGGAUAUUCAUGGAACAAAUCGCAUUUGUAUCUUAUUUUUUAGAUGCGUGGGAGAGAUACGUGUUUUGUGGUGAAGUAGUGGUUGUAGGAUAUCUUCUUCACUUCAUCACGUUCUUCCCCAUGGAGAGAACAUUGUUUAUUCAUCACUACCUUCCCGCCCUGUUCUAUACAAUUAUUCUUCUCCCAGUGAUGUUACAACACGUUCAUGAUGAGAUCUUUAGGUAAGCUCGAGGCAUUUACUUAAUCAGAAAUUUAGAUUUUGCUGGAAAUGUUAAUGAAUUAUGAUAUGAAUCAUCCUCGGCUAUUGACUUGUUGACAACCUGAAAAGUCGGUCGAUCAGGUGAACUUAGCGAUAGUAGUUUUUUUGUGUAAGUAGUUUAAUCGAAAGCGAGGUAAUAAUCUUUCUUGAGUAGUGAGUAGUGUUUACAGUUUACUUCACAGAGCAAUUUUCAAUUGAAAGUCGAUUACAUUGGUUUUACUUUACUCUGCCCUGUGAUUGUCAAUAAAACUCGCGCCACACUAAUCACGACUUGGUCGCCUGCGUUUUCCCGCGCUUCGGGCGGUUUGGUUUUUUCGGUUUUUUACUUUAAGUUUUCAUUGGCUCUUCAGGAUAUUUUCCUUUCUUCUGAUAGGCCGUUAUAGUUACUUUGGUUUUGGUUUUACGGCACCAAAUCAAACAGCACUGUUAUGAACUUGUUUCGGAAUGGAGCAGCCUUAGCUUUUCUGUAUUAACAAGCAACGGCCAACAUAACAGAGGAAAAUGAAAUGACACAAACUGCCUGAAGCGCUGCAUGUAUUUGUUGAGAGGGUGGGCUGAUCUGAGCCAAUCAAAGAAAAACAAAGGCGUUUUUGGAUUACCUUCGACACUCGACUCAAAAUCAUCUUUUGAAUCGUCAUCACGAAAAUUUGAGCGACUUACCAUCCUGCAAGUAUCAUUAGAGAGUUUAAGAAAAUCAAGGCGGCAACGGCAACAGAAAGUCACUGAAUUAAAGGUUUUAUAAAUAGAACAGUGGCUGUGCACGUGCGUUAUAAAUCUUUGUAAAUUUCUUUGCGUCCUCUGUAAAACAGCAACGUGAAAUUACCAAACCCUGCGUUGUCUGGAGAACGUGAAUGACGACGGCUAAUUUUUUAAAUUUCUAAUUUAACGCUGCGUUCCAUAUUCAGUUGCGAGAUAGUUUUGGCAGAGGGAAACAACCUAAAUGACUCUAGAGUACUGCGAGAUUCGUAGGUAAAAUUAAAGUUCGUUGUUUAAUCGACGUUGUCCACGGCGUCGCUGUGGUCGUUUCUUAAACUCUGUAUUGUUUCUCUUUGCUCUCUCUUUUCAUUUGAAACGUAACAAUUGUAAGUGUGAUCUCUCCUCAGGUACAAAACACUUCGAUGGAUUUUGUAUGGAUUUUGUGCACUCUUGGUUGUCGUUGUUCUAUGGGGAUUUCAUUUCUUCAGUCCGUUUACGUACGGUCACGUGGCUCUCUCUUCCGCCGAUAUCAACCGACGAAAAUGGCUCAGCACAUGGGACAUGCUAUCUCAUCCGAACACGUGACAUGAAUUGCUUUUCAACUGACUGUUACUCCUCCUACACUCCUACCCAGACUUCUUAAUGCGCAUGCAAGUGUUAUAAUAAAUAGAAUUUAGAGAUACUGGGAACGACAGUCGUGUGCAAGGAAAUCUGGGAUCGUUUGGGUAAACGCAUACAACUACCUGUUGUUUUACAGUAUUAAACGUCGUGUCUUGGGAUUUGACUAGAAGACGAUUACUAAAGCCAGAAGACCAAAUUAUUCAGAAUUCUAUAAUUGUUUUAACGAAUGAUUGCGUAGCAUCUACCCAAAUAGAUUUCAAACGCCAUUGUCACGCACGGACAUAUCUUGGUAAUUUUUUCAAAAACAUGUCUUGUGCAGUUCCGUUUUCGACGAACCUUGAUUGGUUAACUUUUAUUAUUUAUUAACCUAUAGGUGAUGUUGACACCCUAAGAAAACUUUCUUUAGCAUCUUCUCUAAGAGCCAUUUCCUAGUUCGUCUUCUUCGCAUCCGCAAUUGUAAUCAGUCACUCAAUAGUUCUGUUUGGAGGGAAACUUUUUUUUCGCAAGCGCGUCUGAAUUUUAGUGCGAGUUUUGUUCAUAACUCACCCAUUGUAAAAUAUUAGUUUGCCUCUUUUUCUUGUCCCUCUUGAGCGCAUACUCAGGGUCUCUCCUUUUUACCUUGAGAACGAAGUAUUGUCUCCCACAAUACUUCGUUGUGUGUGAAAAGAAACAUUUUUGCCAACUAGCCUCAUCCAAAGUACGCCAUUUUAAAAUGUACUGCGGUACGUGUAGAAAAGAGAAUUCUGUCCGUUCAAUCAAGGAGGCCUCGCCAGUAAAUGAUUUCUCAAAGUAUAAACGUAAAACACCAACACUGAACGGACAGUUUGCAUUUAAUAACUUAUUAGUAUAGUGUACCGCAGAGAAUUGACCUGAAUUGACGCGCGUAAAUCUCAUAGAAGCUAGUUUAUUUAAAUACCGUGAAAUGAUUCUUAACAGUCCACAUUUUAAGUCGUCCUCGUUCUUUUUUUUUUUUGUGUUUAUUCUCGAUGACAAACUAGGCGACAUAGUUCCUCUAGGUGUAUUUAAGUUCCUAAAACUCCAUCGUGGUAUAGUCCCUCUAGCCGCCGUUGUUUGGUCUUGUCACAUAUCGUCUUCCGUUAUCUUUGCGUUGCGUGACAAGAUCUAAUAACGGGCGUAGUCAACAAAUGCACACGAUGGUCCUUAGAGUAGAAGCUUAUUUAAGAAUUAUUUUUCACACAUGAUCGUAAACAUUUUAACUUAAACUUAA